GCUAGCCCGUCUCUAUGGCAUACUGGUAUCUUCACUUCAAAACUCGUCCUGGCUGGAUGGAGUGCGUUUGGCGGCAAGUUCAAAAAGUUCAAAAUUUGAAAUCUACCCCCCCCAAUUAGCCCCCCUUGGGGCCCAUUCUAUUGGCGAGUUAACUUAUUUCUCAUGAAAAUCCAGCCAACGAUCGAUCGACGGCAAAGGCAACAACCUCAUCUUCUCCAACACCAGAAGCUAGCACAGCACCUCUUUCUCUCCUCUCGGACUUCCCAUGUCGUCUCUUAUCGAUCUCUUGUCUCCUGUCAAAACACGUCGCAUGAACGCCACAUCGAAGCGAAAGGAUUCGCCUUCCAGCAAGGUGAACAGCAACAACAAGCAAAACAUCAUGCCGACAGGAAGCCAGAAGGUGUUGGACUUGUCUCAGGAGGAGGAGAGUGACAGUCGUCAAGGAAAAAGGAUGCGAGCGGCACCCAGCAAAAGUCCACCACGCACACGGGGACGCAAGCCUCUUGGAGAGGUUUUGGCAACCGCGUUGAACCAGCAGAAGAAGAAUGGAGCUGCCAAUACAAAUUCUUCGCCCGUCGUCGUCGUGGCCAAGAAGAAGGGAACAGCCGUGGAAGAAAUUGACUUGGUGGUGAGAUCGGCCAAGAAGGACACAAAAUCGAAGUGUCGUCAAACUAUCACACCCGAACAAUCCAAAAUUCGUCCUCUGGCCGUCGACGAUCGCAUUCGCGUCUUUUUCGAUCGAGGCGAUGACGUCUUUGGCAAAGACAGAGAAGGAGCUCAAGGUUACUGGCAUGGAACAGUUUUGACCAUUCCGGAAGACGCAAAAGGGAAGUCAAACCUUACUUUCACAGUUCUUUUCGACAAUGGCGAGACCGAAGUAUUGCCGUAUUGCGCAGAGGACGAAACAGUCGAACGAGUGAUCGAAAAGGACGGCGGCCAAUAUUUUGGUGAGGUGUCUCGAGCUCUUGCUGGAGAAGAAAACCCUGCAAAAGUGGAUAUCGGAGACCUUGUACUCGUCAACUACUGCAAUCAGGAGCAACGAUUCAGAGGCAGGGUUGCUUGUGUCGGCUCCAAUGGCAAAUUCUGCGAAAUUGCGUAUGACGACGGCGACUAUGAACACGGUGUCCCAAUAGGCGAAGGCAAAAUUUUUCUAUUGGAAGAUGGAUCUGUCCAUCAGCAGUGGAUGGAAGGAUUGGAAUUGAAAAUCGCAGGUGGAAGAUCCAACCGGAAAACCAAUCACACCAUCAAGGUGAUUCCAGACAACGAAACCAUGGUGGAACUGAAACAUGUCGCAACUGGCUCCAUCUCACGACAAUCCUACCAGCAAGUGGCCCAGGAGAUUUUCGCGGAGGUCAAGCAAACCGCCAAGAAAGCAAGAAACGGAUUCCAUGCCUGGCCGUCCCAUAUGGUGCUGGAACCGACUAGAACAACAAGGAAACAGACCGCCGCGCAGGAGCCAGAGACUGCUGAAACCAAAAGCGUCCCAAAGAGAAGCACGCGGAAGCGAGCUCCAAAGAAGCAAGUGGUCGCGACCUCUGACACAGAGCCAUCCACCAGUAGAGGACCCGCUCUGCCACUCAGCCCGAACGACUUUUUCUUGGAUCCUUGGCUUUCAGACGAGGAAGACGACGGCAAUGAGGAUGAGGAUGAGGCCGAAGCAUUGGUGCAAUGCCGAGACAUGUCCAAUUCCAUCCGAUACUCCUUCUGGAGAGCUCUCAACUCAUCGGAGGCUUCAUUCGGAUCCGAACUACUUUUCAAAAUGACCAACUUUCACAACAAGAUCCCCAACGAUGACAUGUGCAGAGACAUGGUUGAUCUGCUUUCGAAGGGACCACUGUUCAAAAAGACUCGCUUCCCAGAUUGUGUUCGCCUCGAAAUGUUGAACAGGCACCUCGAGCUGUUGCUGAAAACCAAACACCAGCAAAUGGGACCACGGCUUGCCAAAGUUCUCGAUGCAGCAUUCACGCAUGAGGUUCUUGAGCAGAUUGAGAAUCCCGCAGUGAUCUAUUGCGUUGAGGGAGACGAAAGCCGUGUCACCUCGGCUGCACUCCUUCGCGUGGGACCCACUCUGAGUGUGAAAACCAGUUCCGCAUCCCUCCUUUGCCACUUGUUGGAACACCAGCUGCAGGGAUACCGGCGCUUUGGUCCUACUGCAAACUCCGCCGAUGAGAAGACAUUGAGAGCGGACAUGCAGCGCUUCAAAGAGGAACUCCUGGAGAAAGACUUGACUCGGGAUAUUUUGAAAUCUGGCGGUGCUCAAGUUCUCAAGCUGGCUGUGCGAGCAGCCUUUUCGGUCCUGAUUUACUAUGGUCAUUACCUGUCCAGCGACUUGGCGUUCCCAUCGGCACCAGCCGUAGACUCGUCGUCAUUGGAUCGCAUUCCUCCUCAUGCGAGGUCAAAUGAUCAAACCUUUGUGGCCACGGAGACUGGACGUCUUGUCAAGUGCAUGGGUCGUCUUUGCAGCUACAUGGCUUGGAUCUAUUGCAUCGACUUGGGAGUCUCGCUCUAUGAAGCCAGAUUCGUCAUUCGAGAUACUGUGGAAGGGCUGCUGUCCUCGGCCAAGUUUGACCCUCUUGUUUUCCUCAAGGAUAGCAAAGGCGGCAAGGACGAUGCCAAAAGACUUCGACGCCAUUGGAACGACAUGAAACUCAAGUUUGCCCUCAGCCUUGACAAGCGCAUCUCGGGACGUCUGGGAGAGCACACGUCCAAACUCUUUGAAUGUGGCGGCAAGGCAGGUUGCGCAAAAUACUUCUAACACUUAUACAUGCGCAACGACACCAACGGGGAUGAUCGAAUGAAAUGAAUAAAUUAUUUGUCAGUUAGUUGUGGGGGUCUGGGCUUUUGCAAGUGGAGCCACCUGAUCAUACCGGUAUACAACUAGAGAGAGACGGUGUGACAAUAGAGAAAUGAACUACUCGUAAAUGUAUGUAGAACUUCCUCCUGCAGCCCUUUGUAUGCUUUAUUGUAUUGGUACGGUACCCAGCUGACUGCACUGGUACCAAGUAGCCAGGAUGUAGUUGCUGACACUGCUGUGUAGAGGCGAUAGUCUUCUUCCCCUCCGAUUGGAGCCGGAAAAGGGUGACGUACAGUCGUACAGGUUGCUGGCUGUCAAGCUACUAGUAGGACCACAUAGAUACCAGUAGACUACCUUUGGAAGGUACCUGUAAAAAAUGCAGCUGGCAGGCUAGCCACCAACUAUGCAUACCGGUAGGACUGGUACCAGAAUGAAUCAGGCUGGUACUAUGAUGAUUGAUGGAUCACUUUAUUGCAGGAGCUUCAAACGAGCUACCAGUACCGAUACCGGUUGAACAGAGACAACUUAGAAGGUCUCAUUACAAGGUGUACAACUGGGUCACUCCGUCAUGGCUCGUGGUGUCGUCUCUCAUAUGAUCUCUCAACCAGGAUUGAUACCAUUUCAGCUUUGCAAUGGCAUCUUCACAGUCUGACAUGGCUCGAUGGGAAGAGGGGCUCCAGUUCUGCCUCCGUGCCGCUCUUUCCAACGCCGGAAGCCCCCAUUGCACAAUAUCAAGGGAGGAAAUAUCAAUAAUCUUGUGAUCCAAGAACUCAUAAACAUUCUUGGCCUGUGUUCGUAGUACUUCUCGGUCCACGUGCGGAGAGAAACCUGCGAGUCGACAUCCCGAAAAACAGUGGGUUGUUAGGAACUCGAACAGCUCCCGUUGCCAUUGCUCGUAAGUGGUCUCAGACGCCAAACAAGCAUCAACGAGUCCAUUUUGCAGAGAGUGAGCAGCAUGAAAGGUCGCCGCAGCUCCUCCGAUGACCAGCCGAUCAAUCUGUUCUGGUGUCAUUCCAAUGAUCCAGUUCUUGCGAGCAACCUCCCUAAGGGCAUUGCAGGUAGUGAUAAUUACGGCACACUCCAGGACGCGAUGGUCUUUUAGAGAGCAAAAUUCCAAGUCCAACCACACAAUACGAUCACUACUAGGUUGAGGUGAAAGUGGGUUCCGUUGCGGCGACCGUGGCUGACCUGACAGGGUUGCCAGUAGCCUGGCCAUGUGUGGUUCAUCCAUCUGUAUGGAUUCUCAAUGAUUCGUUCAUUCAGCAGGCGCAAUGCAGAACUUGGAGAGGGUAGGGAAGGGACGGACGGCCAAAUCCUGCAGCAUCAUGGCGCCCCGGAGCCCCUGGUGCUAACUUCAGGUUUUUGAGAGAAGCGCCGGGAUCCGAGGACUCCCAAAAACAAAUAUCUAUGCCCAAUUGGAUUCCCCCACCUACCGAGCUCCAUGACCCUUUCAAAGUCCUCGCAUGUGACUGUGCUCAUCAAGGACGAUAGAAUGCCAAAUACCAGAGAUGAGCCCGGGAUCCCAGAUCUCGCAAUGAUCAUAUGUUUCAUCUCUACCGGUAUGUUGCGCAGAGUCCAGUGCUAUAAGAUGGCACGCAAAGCUAGACUGGCCGGGAGAGAGCCGAAGACUCAACACUGAGAAUCCGAAAUGACGUUCUAUGCCAAAGUUUGGCUACUAGUUGCCCAUCUUUGCCUGCAAGUUCAUGCCAAGGCAACAUCACCCACCCACAAAAUUGGUCCUGUCUCAUCUAAAAAGGCUUUUGUCCCGGAUUUGCCUUCUGUUUGACUUCUGUUCCCCUAAUGUUGGCCUGCUGCUGGCUUUCAUACACUAGCAAUUAAUCCAUUUCUAUAGAAACUCAUUGACUUCCCCAUCUCUGGCUAGAGGUCACGAAAUAUGGUGGCACUGGUCUGGGUGCCCUUUAUAUU